AAAGAGGCGCGUCCCACAACAUUUCACAUUCGAUCCACUGCCAUUCGGAGGCAUUCCAAGCCCAUAACCUCUGGUUAUAAACAAACGGAUCAUUUGCGAUGGCCACCAGGCUUGAGCGCUUGAUCCUCCUGCUGGAUACGGGAUCAACAACCACCGUACGCACAACUGCAGCACAGCAGAUUGGUGAAAUCCAGAGGCAGCAGCCUGAUCAGUUGUAUAAUUUAUUGGGAAGGGUUCUUGUUCAUUUACGCAGCACAGAGUGGGCCACGCGGAUAGCAGCAGGACACGCCAUCGAAGCGAUUGCCAAAAAUGUACCGCAAUGGGAACCUCCAGUACCUGCGAACUCGGAUGAAGACGCUGUCAAGCAUGCAUUGGAUGCAGAUAGCGAUGGAUUGCUGAGAUUUGAAUCCUUUGACAUUGGAAAUGUCGUCAAGAAUGGGGCACCCUUACUGGCAAGCGCGGGGCGCGAGUUUGACAUCGAUCACUCUGAUAUGGAUCCAAAGGAACGAAUUGCACUGCAGAAGAAGGAGCUAAAGAAGAGAUUGGGAAUGGGGACAGAAUUUAUGAAAGAUCUACUUGAUGAGUCGGAUGUGGUAUCUGCAAAAUCACCAACCGAUGCAAGCCAAUCAACGCAGCAAUCGGCGCAGCAAUUGUUAGACCUUAGCUCAAAGUCAACUCGUGGAGGCAUUGCCGAUGAUGACCCUUCGAUGGCUGGACUCAGCCAGCGCCAGAAGGCUACAUUAAAGCGAAAAAUGAGAAUGAUGGGCAAAGACAGGGGCAGCAAAGUUCGCAUUGUAGAGGUAUCAGCAACGAAGCAACGGAAAUCACUAUCUGAUGCCAAGCCCAUAACUGCGUCCAUCAAAAUCAAACAAGAAGACGAAGAAUCAAUUAUGAAUGGGAGUCCAAUGGUUACCUCCCCUAGCACGGAGACUCCACCAAACGAUGACAAAGUCGUUGUGGAGGCAAAAGUGAAACAAGAACCCGCGUUUCUCGGUGCCAUUCAUGAGUCAGGCGACGAAUGGCCGUUCGAGGGAUUGUGCGAGCAGCUUUGCUUAGAUCUGUUUUCCCCAAGUUGGGAGACACGACAUGGAGCAGCCAUCGGACUGAGAGCUGUGCUCAAAGUGCACGGCUCCGGCGCAGGCAAAUUAGUUGGCAUCCCCCUCAAGGAUAACGCUGCCCGUCAUAGAGCGUGGCUGGAAGAUGUGGCAAUUCGGCUUCUUUGCGUGCUGGCAUUGGAUCGUUUUGGCGACUAUGGUAGCGACCAGGCGGUUGCACCAGUUCGUGAGACUGCAGCCCAGACGCUCGGGGUUGUUAUGCAAUGGAGUGAACAGGAGUUAUGCUUAACGAUGGUGAACCAGGGCCUGUUGAAGCUCCUCGAAGCAAGCGAAGAACAACCUGUCGCGAGUGGAACAGCACAUGGGGGACGUGGCAAGGGUUGGCAAGUACGGCACGGUGCCUUGGUCGGCCUCAAGUACUGGAUGGCUGUCCGGAAAGAUUUGUUACCGAACGUGUUUGGAUCACAACAAGAAGGGAAGGAAACUGCCCUGUUCCGGGCUGUGAUCAACGGGCUCCGGGAUCAUGACGACGAUGUCCGGGCGGUAUCAUCCUCGGCAUUACUACCAGUUUGUGAUCUCCUAGUCAAGAUCUUGCCUGUCAGGACGGUGUUCUAUUCCAUCGUCAUGACGCUAUGGAAUUGCCUGGAAGAGCUAGAUGAUUUGACGUCAGCAACUGGAUCAGUAAUGGACUUGCUCUCUCAACUCAUGAUGAAGCCCGAGAUUGUGGAAAUAAUGAAGGCUGAAUCGGCCAGUUCUUUACAGGAGUUAAUACCGCGCCUAUAUCCGUUUUUCCGACACGCCAUCGUAUCCGUUAGACAAGCAGUGCUACGCACUGUUGCAACGUUUGUUGAUGUAACGUAUGGAAGCAAUGGUAGUUGGGUGACCAUGGAACUCUUGAGGCUCGUAUUUCAAAACUUUAUCAUCGAGGAAAGGAAGGAUAUUGGCGAAAGCACCUCUGAAGUGUGGAAGAAACUGAUGAGGUUUAUGGAAGCAUACAAUGCUCGGGAACCAGGACAGCUGAAAACCGUUACACUAUCUGUUCUACCAGCAUGGUUUGCGCUUGUCAUGACCCCUGUGGGUUCUCCGCUGGAUCUACGCUUCUUUUAUUCCCCUGGAGCAAGUCAAUCAUCUAAACCACAGGGCGUUCACGGUAAAAAGCGCCGUGGAGAUACGGAUGGCUUCAACGUAUCACCGCAUGACAAGGCUAUGGCAGAGCAGGAUUUAACAGUCAUAUCGCGGGACGAUGUCAUCCGAGGUCGAUUGGCGGGUGCUACAGCACUGGGCGGACUGGUUUGCGCGUUAUUCGGCACCGACGACAGUGAGGUAGAAGAGCGCGUGCGAGAGCUGGUUACUGCCUAUCUCAACAGUGGCUGGGUUGGCCAUCGUGUGUUCUGUAACGUCAUGUUGGACGAGUGGGCGGGUUGUUGGCAAGAGAGGAAUGCAAUACAGGGGUCGAAAGUCGGGACAGAGACAGCGAUAGUUUUGGACAGUGUACCACUCGCCGAUGUGUUGUGGGGAAAUAUGGUGAAAUCAUUGGCCGAGGCGGAUUCUGGCACGACCCUACUAUAUAGCGAGCUUGUGCAUCCUCUGUUGACUGUACGAAACGAAUGCGAAGGACUACUUGCAGCCAGCGCGGAAUUCUGUGGGAAGGAUAUCCCGGCCUUACCCGAGCUCCCUUCCAACCAGGGACAAAGACCAUCUACGCCCUUUGGAAAUGUAUUCACUCUAACAGUCGCGGAGCAUGUCGUUCAACAGGUUGUACCCAAGAUGAUACCACCAACAUGCCCCCCACGCACCGCCACUCAGAUCCAAGAUCGUAUCCGAAGAGCUACAGCGGUCAUCGACUCUUUCCGCGAGACACAGCGCAAAUUGGAGGUACAAGUCCUUGCCAGCAUGGCUUCAGCAGUGGUGCGCAUGGGCCGGUUGCCAGCAAAAACCAACCCAAUUAUCCGAUCUCUCAUGAACAGUGUGAAAGAAGAGGUGAACGAAGAUAUCCAAAGUCGUGCCGCACGCGGUGUAGCAGGUUUUAUUGAACUGAAUAUUAAAUUGGGAAAACCGGUCGCGAUCAACGAGAAAGUGAUCAAGAAUUUGUCCGCGUUCCUCUGCGGGGAUCCAAGUGUACGAACAGACAAGGAGCAAGUCAUCCAGAAGAAGGACGGGAUACUUACCAUAACGUUCAAUGAGACGCUGAACUCGUCGUCGUUGGAGGAUGUAGACGCGUCUCGCAAGACCAAGACCAACGGAGCCGCAAAGAAAGGGGGAAGAGGCAAACGCAAAAGCGCUGGGCCGGGGGUAGACUCUACCGUAACUGAUACUGUCAGUGAAGCUGACACGGCAGCCUUAUCAGCCUCUGAGGAGGUGGAGAAAAAAUCACGGGCGAUCACUGCUCGAGGGGCUGAAUAUGCGUUCCGUGAGAUUUGUGAGCGGUUCGGUGCAGAGGCGUUUGUACAAGUGCCCAAGCUCUGGUCGCUUGUAGCGACAAAUCUCCUUGAACUCGCAAAACCGGAUCAACCGAUUGCAUCAGUCCUAGAGAAGUAUCUCACUAUGGAAGGAUACGCUCAGGAGCUGGUUCACUCCCUUCAUUUGCUAUCUAAACUACUACCCUACCUGCACACUACCCUCUACUCCACGGUCAUCACCGUUCUUCCCGGUGUCGCCAGCUGUUUGCGCGCUUCACUUGCCAUUGUUCGCCACAUGGCAGCCAGAUGUAUGGCCGCAUUUUGUCAGGUCAUCACUGCGCCCGCAAUGCAAGCCCUGGUCGACCACGUCCUUCCUCUCCUUGGCGACACAAAUAACCUUGCGUAUCGACAAGGUGCUGCGGAAUGUGUCCAUCACAUUGUCCGUGGCAUGGACCACAGCAUCCUUCCUUAUAUCAUCUUCCUCAUAAUUCCCGUCCUAGGUCGCAUGUCCGAUCCAGACGAGGAAGUGAGAUUCGUCAGUACGAAUGUCUUUGCGCAGCUGGUUAAGCUUGUUCCUCUUGAAAGUGGAAUUCCCGAUCCAGAAGGAUUUAGCGAUGAGCUUAUACGGCAUCGUAAAGAGGAACGAAAGUUCAUUGGACAACUUAUUGGGAGCGAGAAAGUGGAGGAGUUUGAGCUGCCAGUGCCAAUCAAGGCAGAGCUGAGAAGUUACCAAAAGGAAGGUAUCAGUUGGUUGGCAUUCCUCAAUCGGUAUGGGUUGCAUGGAAUUCUUUGUGAUGAUAUGGGUCUUGGGAAAACCCUGCAGUCCAUCUGCAUGUUGGCAUCCGAUCAUCAUAAUCGCGCAGAAAGAUAUAAGAAGACGAGUACCCCAGAUAGUGCCCAUGCUCCGUCUUUGGUUGUCUGUCCGCCAACGUUGACUGGUCAUUGGUCCCAUGAGAUUCAGACCUAUGCCGAAUUCUUAAAACCAGUCAUAUAUGGAGGAAAUGUCCAAGAGCGUGCAGAGAUUCGCCGCAAAAUCCCCAACUACGACGUAGUCAUCCUCUCUUACGAGAUUCUCCGCAAUGAUAUUGACGAGCUCUCACGCUUCCACUUCAACUACUGUAUCCUCGACGAGGGCCAUAUCAUCAAAAACCCCAAAACGAAAAUUACCCAAGCGGUGAAAUCUAUCCAGUCCCUCCACCGAUUGAUUCUCUCUGGCACACCGAUCCAGAAUAACGUUCUGGAGCUUUGGUCCUUGUUCGAUUUCCUCAUGCCAGGGUUCUUGGGCACCGAGCGAUUGUUCAAUGAUCGGUUUGGGAAACCCAUUCUCGCAUCCCGUGAUGCGAAGAGUUCAAGUAAGGAGCAGGAACAAGGUGCAUUGGCAAUGGAAGCCCUGCACAAGCAAGUCCUUCCUUUCCUACUACGUCGGAUGAAGGAAGAUGUGUUGCAUGAUCUUCCACCAAAGAUCAUUCAAGAUUACUAUUGCGAGCUCAGCGACCUUCAAAAAUCAUUAUACGAAGAUUUCGCCAAGAGCCAGGCCAAGGAAGGCGCUGAAAAGAUUUUGGUUGGGGAAGAGGUGGAGGAGAGCAAUGUAGUCGCCAAGAAGCAAGGAGGAAAGACUGGACAUGUGUUCCAGGCUCUACAGUACCUGAGGAAGUUGGUAAAUCAUCCUGCUUUGGUGGUAAAUCCUUCCCAUCCCCAGUGGAACAAGGUGCAGGGAUGGUUGAGUGCCCGCCAAAGUCACAUUCGCGAUAUUGAGCAUGCGCCAAAGAUUCAGGCCUUGGGCCAGCUCCUCCAAGACUGCGGAAUAGGUGUCGACCCAACCAGUAACCCAACCACCACCGCCGUCGCCCCGCAUCGCGCAUUAAUCUUCGCCCAGCUCCGCCCCAUGCUAGACAUGAUCGAAAAAGAUCUGUUCAAAACUUUGAUGCCCAGUGUCUCCUACCUCCGUCUAGACGGCACAACAGACGCAAGCACCCGACACGAUCUCGUCCGCAAAUUCAACCAAGACGCCUCCAUCGAUGUCCUUCUGCUUACUACCCAUGUCGGAGGGCUGGGAUUGACUCUUACCGGUGCAGAUACGGUCAUUUUUGUCGAGCAUGAUUGGAACCCGAUGAAGGAUUUGCAGGCCAUGGAUCGGGCUCACCGGAUUGGACAGAAGAGAGUUGUGAACGUUUAUCGGUUGAUAACCAAAGGAACAUUGGAGGAAAAGAUUAUGGGGCUCCAAAAGUUUAAACUCAACAUUGCCUCCUCAGUUAUCAACCAAGAAAACGCCGGCCUUCGAUCAAUGGACACUGAUCAAAUCUUGGAUCUCUUCUCCAUCGGAGGUCCAUCCGAAUCCGCUAAACCGAAACAAGACAAAUCCAAAAAGGCGACCGCAAAGGACGUUUUGGAAGGUCUGGAAGAGCUGGCCGAUCAGGACCAGUAUGAAGAUCUGGAUGUUGGAGAGUUUUUGAAGGGUUUGAAGUAGCUUGUAAUAUUGUUGAUUUUCUUAUUGUAUUUCUUGCUUUUUGGCUUGGUACUUGCUUUGACCUGUGUACAUGUUAAUAAAAUUUCGAUUUCGCAUA